AAAAUCCCUCUAAUUUUACAUCCCCUGUUAUCAAAUUCGUUUGCUGAAUAGAACAUUCAGAUUCUGCAUUGACUAUCAAUAAUCCAAGCCCAGUUUUCGAAAUUGAUCAUUCAAAAUAUGAUGUAGAAUUUCGUAGGAGUUGGAUGAAGCUGAUCAACUGGAAAUCAGAAGAUGACGAGCGUACGAUAACUGGCAGAGACUAGUCGAAGCGAUACUGAAGAGAGAAGGGCUCUGGCUUGUCUCUCGUGAAGACUCGAUGUCCAGCUCCACGGCCUCAGACUGCCCUGGGAGUUUCCAUUUGAACGAAUUGUUUCUUAAUUUCUAGAAUAUGGGAAUUUCGUUUAGUUAGAGCGGAUUAUCCAGGCGACUUGGGAUUUCAGUGAUGAAAACUUAAUCAAGCACGGUCAAUAUGGCGAUAUCUUCUGGGGAACUUUUGAAGAAUCGUUUUCUGUUAAAAUAGUAGUGGAAUUGGAGAUUUGACUCGUGUUGUUGUCAAAAGAUUUAUCUACUGGGAUGCGUGUUUGUAAGUGCUGGAUUUCUUUAUCGAGAUUUCUGAUCGAAUAUGUGUUCCUCUUUGGGACAUUGCUUGGAUGAAGAGGAUGAGAAGUUUCUGGUUUACAGGUAAAUGUCAAAUGCAGAUUUAUCUUGUUCCUUGUUUAAGAAACCUGACAACCAUAAUAAUAGACUACCAUCACUGGAUUGGAUUAUGAGGUUGAAAAUUGCGAUUGGGGUUGCAGAGGGUUUAGCAUUUCUACUUGAUGAAUGAGCUCCACCUCUUGUUCACGGCUAGGGAGCCUAAGCCAGGUUGGUGCUCAAGGAAAAGGCAUUCCUACUGGUACAGGUAAUAAGACUUGCACAGACGAUGUUUAUUGCUUUGGGAUGGUUUUGCUAGAGCUGGUAACAGGCAAAUUGGGAAUAAGUGCCUUUAGUGAAGCCAAUCUUGACUGGUUGCAAAGCGCACUCCUUCAGAUGAAUAAAGACUGGAAAAUCCUUUAAAGGUGAUAAGGGAGUGAAGGACUGGAAGAAAUGUUGAGUUCCAAGACGGGAAUUUGCUCUAUUAACGGCCAAAUCAGAAGCUUCAAUGAGGAAAAGGAUUCCUUGGUACUGUAACAAAAUCUCUCAAGUAUCUUGUCAGUAAUUAGUGAAUUAGGAAGGAUUCCUUGGUACUGUAACAAGUAGCACUUCAAUCUUCAUGUUGGCCAUUUUUCUGCUCUUACUUGAUGGUUUUAGCUGUUUGCAUUUUGUAAUUCUAAAACUAAUAUACGAAC